AUGACUUUUAUUCGUGCACAACUGUCUCAUGACGGAACCUUGGCUGCACCCUACAAUCAUCCGAUUGCUGUAUCCUUCGCCGCAUCACCCUUCGCGGGUCUCAACAUCGCCGGCUUCGAUUUUGGCUCUGAUAUACAGGGAAAGCACAAUCUCAGCAGUGCCUUUGGCCCUGUGCUGGCCAUAGGCAAGGGCAAUAGCGAUGGCGCAGCCCAGAUGCAGCACUUCGUCCAAGAGGGGCUGAACACUUUCAGAUUGCCGACUACGUGGCAAUUCAUGAUCAAUAGCAACAAUCUUAACGGCAGUGCUGUCAACGUUUCGGCCGGCGCCUUAGCGACAUCGGACGGACAGCUGGACCAGAACAAUACGGCGCAGUACAAUGAGCUCGUCCAAGGAUGUCUCGCAACGGGGUCCUACUGUAUCAUUGAUAUUCACAACUAUGCGCGCUUUGAAGGGCAGGUCAUCGGCCAGGGAGGACCAACGAAUGAACAAUUCGCGAGCUUGUGGUCACAAAUUGCCAGCAUGUAUAAAAAUGAAUCCAGAGUCAUAUUUGGCGUGAUGAACGAGCCUCACGAUAUUCCAGAUCUCGCUCUGUGGGCCGACACGGUACAAGCAGCCGUCACUGCUAUUCGAACGGCGGGUGCUACCCAGCAAAUGAUUCUCCUGCCGGGCACUGACUUCACCGGAGCUCAAACAUUCGUCAGCAAUGGAUCUGCGGGGAACCUAAGUCGGGUUCACAACUUGGACGGGUCAAAUGCAAGUCUCAUAUUUGAUGUGCACAAAUACCUGGACUCAGACGGGAGUGGAACGCAUCUCGAGUGUGUUUCAGACCAUGUGCAAGAUACCUUCACACCUCUUGCGCGCUUCUUAGUCGCCAAUGGCCGUAAAGCCAUACUCAGCGAGACUGGCGGAGGCAAUACCACUUCAGUAGGCGGCCUUCAUCACCUUGCUGUCCAAGUAUUCGGGACUGACUUUGCCCAGUGUAUUACGGACCUCUGCAACGAACUUGCCUUCAUCAAUUCGAACACGGAAGCUUACAUAGGGUAUACCGCCUGGUCCGCCGGGGGCUUCUCGCCUCUCGACUACAACUUGACUUUAACACCAAAGGGCUCAGCUGGAAAUUUCACUGAUCAGGAACUUGCAAGCCGUUGUGUUAUCGGCACCAGAACCGGAUCGAACGCGACUGCAGGCAAUGCCACAAAGGCCACGAGCCCAUCACAGAACCCGCAAUCCGAGUCCUCUCUGCCGCAGGUUGUGCUUGCUGCUGGUACGCAGAAUGUCAUUGAGGGUGGAUGGAUUGGAAGUAUUCUAGCAGUGGCUGCGCUGGUAUUUUUGUAG